UUUGGAGGCAUGGAUAUAAUAAGAAGGAGAGGUAUUGUCGGAAUGAAAAGUUGGUUUUGUGGGGAAACAAGGCAUUGAAAGAAAGAGCGCAAUGGCAGAUCAACUGAGCGACGAACAGAUCUCUGAGUUCAAGGAAGCCUUCAGCUUGUUCGACAAGGAUGGCGAUGGUUGCAUCACGACGAAGGAGCUCGGAACGGUGAUGCGUUCGCUAGGGCAGAAUCCGACGGAGGCAGAGCUGCAAGACAUGAUAAACGAAGUGGACGCCGACGGCAACGGGACCAUCGACUUCCCGGAGUUUCUCAAUCUCAUGGCUCGGAAGAUGAAGGACACGGAUUCCGAGGAGGAGCUCAAGGAGGCCUUCCGAGUCUUCGACAAGGACCAGAACGGCUUCAUCUCCGCCGCUGAGCUCCGCCACGUCAUGACCAACCUCGGCGAGAAGCUCACCGAUGACGAGGUCGACGACAUGAUUCGCGAGGCUGAUGUUGACGGCGAUGGCCAGAUCAACUACGACGAGUUUGUUAAGGUCAUGAUGGCCAAGUGAUUCAUGCUUCUUUCUUCUUUCUUCUUCUUUAUAUAUUUAAUCAUACAUUUCUUGUCAUAUUAUAAUAUGUCACAUCGCAUAACACUCUAAGCUUAGUUAGAAUCACAUUCCACAGAUCCAACAUCAACAAAAUCAAAAUGAGAGGGAAUCUGUGUGUGUAUGAAUAGUGAUAGAAAGAGAAAAUGUUUU